GAACCCCUGUCCCACAAUUCCUAGCGCAAGGUUGUCAUGGCGUUCUGCAGUUAAAAAUUAGUUAAAUGCAUUAUAGAGUGAAUUUCAAAGAGACGUUGGGACAAAAUAAUAAAAAGGCAGCUUGAAAGGCCGAUAUUUGGAAGAACAGAAAAUGAGUACGCAAUACAGUAUACUUUUCAAACAAGAGCAUGCUCACGAUGAUGCAAUAUGGACUGCUGCCUGGGGGCGGAGUGAGAGGGAUGGCUCUGAAACAAUUGUGACCGGCUCUCUCGACGAUCUAGUGAAAGUCUGGAAAUGGUCUGACGAGAAGCUGGAGCUGCAGUGGACAUUGGAAGGUCAUCAGCUGGGGGUGGUGUCUGUGGAUAUCAGUCACAAUGGGGCCAUCGCAGCCUCCAGCUCUUUAGAUGCCCACAUACGACUCUGGGAUCUUGAAUCUGGCAAACAGAUCAAAUCAAUGGACGCAGGGCCAGUUGAUGCUUGGAGUGUGGCAUUUUCACCUGACUCCAAAUACAUAGCCACAGGAAGUCAUCUGGGAAAGGUCAAUAUAUUUGGUGUGGAGAGUGGGAAGAAGGAAUACUCCUUGGACACCAGAGGAAAAUUCAUUCUCAGUAUUGCAUAUAGCCCAGACAGAAAAUAUUUGGUCAGUGGGGCUAUAGAUGGAAUCAUAAAUAUUUUCGAUAUUGCAACAGGAAAACUCCUCCACACCUUGGAAGGUCAUGCUAUGCCUAUUAGAUCCUUGACAUUCUCGCCAGAUUCUCAGCUCUUAGUAACAGCUUCAGAUGAUGGUUAUAUCAAGAUUUAUGAUGUGCAGCAUGCCAGCCUUGCAGGGACACUGAGUGGCCAUGGUUCUUGGGUAUUAAAUGUUGCUUUUUGUCCAGAUGACACCCACUUUGUUUCCAGUUCUUCCGACAAGAGUGUGAAGGUCUGGGAUGUUGGGUCAAGAGCUUGUGUGAAUACUUUCUUUGAUCAUCAGGACCAGGUGUGGAGUGUCAAGUACAAUGGAAAUGGAUCCAAGGUGGUCUCUGCAGGAGAUGAUCGGGCAAUCCAUAUUUAUGACUGUCCAGUUUGAAAAACGGAUUAUGGGCCUGGAACGAAUCUUCUGCACCUGGAAUCGGUCUCCCAAAAACACUGUACAUAUUGCUUGGCUUGGUAUGAUAAACCAGAUUAUUAUUUUAUAUUGAAAGCAGCUCAGCAAAGAAAAAUGAAAGCCAUCAUCUCAAGCAGUUUUGGGUGGAUUUUAUUUUGUGAAUUUGUUUUUAAAUAAAACCUUAUGUUUUCUUUGACAAGGAAACUGCUCUUCUCUUGGGAUUAAAUCUAUAAAAACGUUUUCAUUCCUGUUCAUAAAGGCUUUUACUUAAAUGUAGUAUUUUAAGUUGCCUUGUUCAUGAACUAAUUUUAUAUGUGAAGCAGUUCUACUUAUGCAGGUUAUAUAGAAGCAAAAAUCAAAAAUCAGGUAAUGCGUUGGCUUUAACCAUUCUGACUAUGAUUACACAAAAAUGUUAAGUAGAAUUUGCAUCACAAAUGUACUGAUUGGAAAUUGGCUGUCAUCUGUCUUGGGAACAGUACUGCCCAGAAAUAGUAACCUUCAGCACAGAAUCUUUACAUUAAAUUUCCUGUUUUUCAGCUGUCA